GAUAUCAAAGUUUAGUGUCAUGUCAAAUUUUUGACGUUUUUAAUGUGAAUGUGGUUGAUAUUGUGUUAUUAUUACAAUACUUCCUGUGAGAAAUAAUUGCAAUUGUUGUUUUUACAUUAAAUUAAACCAAUUUAAAAUGCCUUCCAAACAGAGAAAAAUAGCUAUGAUGGGUUACCGAUCAGUUGGUAAAUCUUCUCUUAUUAUUCAAUUUGUGGAGGGACAGUUCGUUGACUCUUAUGACCCUACAAUUGAAAACACGUUUACAAAGUUUAUUCGGCUAAAUUCAACAGAAUAUGAAGUGAAACUGGUAGAUACAGCUGGCCAAGAUGAAUAUAGUAUUUUUCCCUUGCAAUACAGUAUGGACUUCCAUGGCUAUGUAUUGGUGUACUCCAUCACCUCCAGCAAAAGCUUUCAAAUAGUGCAAAUAAUUUAUGAUAAGUUACUUGAUAUGGUUGGAAAAAUACAUGUACCUAUAGUGCUAGUUGGAAAUAAAACAGAUCUUCAUUUAGAAAGAAAGAUAAGUACAGAAGAGGGUAAAAGGCUUGCUGAAAAAUGGAAAGCAGCAUUUGUUGAAACAAGUGCGAAACGAAAUGAGUCUGUUACUGAUAUGUUCCAUGCAAUGUUGUCAGAAAUCGAAAGAUCAGAUGGUCAUAUACAAGAAAAGAAUGGGUGUAUUAUAUCUUAAUAAAAUGCAAUGCUUACGAACUGUGCUUCUACUUAAGUAAAAGUGAUUUAAACAUAAUUAAGUUUGUGCACGGCUAUUGUGGUUGCUGCAAGUGAAAUAUAUUUCUAAAAACCUUUAUGGUACCUUCAAAUGAAUGACGAUAAUAUUAUUGUUUGAUGUGUUAAUUUAUGUAAUUUUUGAUAUAAGAUGAAUGUAAGGUGAUGUUACUUGUUUGAUUUUCAAGCAAAUUUCUUUUGAAAUACUUUUGUACAACUUUACUCACUUUUAUUCUUGUUUUUUAUAUUUCAUAUUCAUGUGACGUUUGUUUCUUUGAUGGAUAUUAUUGAUAGAUGUGUUAAAUUAAGUGUUCAUAAUAAUUACUAAUUUAAAGGUACCAUGAGGCUGUAUGUGCAAUUGUGGUGAAUUGUGCUGAAUAAAAUGAUGCAUUGCUUUUACGCAAUGUUUUCAAACUGCAUCAUUUUAUCCAGCACAUAAGCAGCUAAAUGCAAGAUGCUUUAAGAGUGUUAGUUUUAGUAUGCCUUGAAAAGGCUUACCUCAGUGGAUAUUCCACUAAUGCACAUAAUAUAUUGAGCAAUGUACAUGUUUAAAUUUAAAAUGUUUUAGGGUAUAUGAAUCAAUACAGUAACAAUAAAAUUAUAGAUUUGUUGUCAAAAUAGUAAAUAUAUCUCUUCUAUAUUCCGAAAAUAUAAAUAGACUGUAGAAGAGAUGUAAAAGUGAUCUUGCUAGAGUGUAUAAUAAUUUCAUUGAAAAAUGCUACUACUAAGAAAUUGAAGUACUUAUGGUAAAUUUCAGGGCAUUUUUAAGUCAUUACAUUUUUACAUUUAGUAAAGAACAAAUUCAAUUUAGUAAUAUGCAAUAAAAUAUUUUGUAUCAUGUAUAAAUAUUUAGAAGUCUCGAUAGCUAAGCUAGGCAUUCAAUUUACGAUAGUUUAAAUUUAAAGGCCCCUACGCAUUAAGCGGUUGUAGAACGGUCGCGACCGCCUGUUUUGUAUAGAUCACGUGGGCAUUUGCUACGUUUAGAGUUUGCGUUUUGAAUCUUGGAACAACCAAUUUCUUGUAGAUAGUUUCAGUGCGCAAUCCGCGGCUGCCCGCAACCAAGUCAGCAUUUGCUUAAUGCGUACACGCGCCAUGCUUGGUGUUCUUACGUUAGUUCCCUUAAUUAUAUUUUCAAAAUGAAUCACCAAUAUUUAACAUAUACGGCAAUAACUUUCGAUUCGUAAUUUU